AUAAUGCUACCAAGGCUGUGAUCACCUUGCAGCCUCCAUGGGUCAGUAUUUUCCAGAAGGAAAAUGUCACUUUAUCGUGUGGCAUAAAGUAUGGGCCUCACCUGCCUGGAAACAGUUCCACACAGUGGUUUAUCAAUGGCACAGCCAGUCUGGUCUCCACGCAUAGUUAUAGCAUCCAUGAGGCCAGUUUCAAGGACAGUGGUGAAUACAAGUGUCAGAUAGGUCCCUCAAUGCCAAGCGACCCUGUGCAGCUGGAAGUCCGCAAUGAUAAGCUGCUACUCCAGGCCUCCCGCAGAGUCCUCACGGAAGGAGAACCUCUGGCCUUGCGGUGUCACGGAUCGAAGAAUAAGCGGAUGUACAAUGUGAUUUUCUAUCGAAACGGAAAAUCCUUUCGGUAUUCUCGAGGUUCUGAGAUCACCAUUCUGAAAAACAACCCGAGUCACAGCGGCAUGUACCACUGCUCAGGCAAGGGAAGAAGACUGCGCUACACGUCUGCAGAAGUGUCUAUCACAGUGAAAGAGCUAUUUGCCAUACCAGAGCUGAAAGCAUCCUUGUCAUCUCCCGUCCCGGAGGGGAGUCAGGUCACCCUGACCUGUGAGACAAAGAUGCUUCUGCAGAGUCCCGGCUUACAUCUUUACUACUCCUUCUACAUGGGUGACGAGAUGCUGGAGGCCAAGAACAAAACAUCCUCAGAGUACCACAUACCCAGUGCUAAGAGAGAAGAUUCUGGAUUGUACUCGUGUGACGCAGCCACGGAGGAUGGCAACGUCCUUAAGCACAGCCACGACAUGAGGCUCCGAGUGCUUGGUCCCCAUUAUUCAUCAGCUCCUGUCUGGUGUCACAUCCUGUUUUACCUGUCUGUGGGAAUAAUGUUUGUGAUCACAGUUCUCUAUGUGAAAAUACACAGACUGCAAAGAAAGAAAAAAUACAAUUUCCAAGUUUCUUUGGUUUCUGAGCAGAGGAAGAAAGCAACUUCCUUUCAGCAAGUUAGAAGUGAUGAUGACAUGUCUGAAGAAGUAACAGCCACU